AAACAAAGUAGCAGUUUGUAGCAAUUGUUUGCCUCCAAAGGAGGAGUCUUCUUUCCCUCUUUUCCUGACUCCAUGGGUAUUGGGUUAAAUUGCUAAGGUGGGAAAUCCUAGGGCUCUGCAUGCUGUUUGGACCCCUGCGAGGCCUCCACUCCCAAGCCAAGUUCACUUGUUUAUAAGACUGACAGAAAGGACCUUAUUAUGUACAGCGUCUCCCAAAGGACACAUACCAUUGGUGGUAUUGCUGUUGAUAGUUGACAGGGUAGUAACAGGCUAACCCUGCGUAUUUGCUGUCAACACUGCCUUAGCACUUGCUGAUCUCCCCUUUUGAAAUAAGAGAACGAACUUUAGGCUCAGCUUUACCAGAAAACAAGACCAAACCCGAUACACGACAUAGGUUACGGAAAGAACCUGGUUUUGGCCAUUGAUCACAGGCUUUCAGUUCCUACAAGGCUAUACAAUUUCCCUUUUUAAAAAUGUACAUUUAAGGUUUUUUAAAAAAGCAAAAACUUAAGUGAAUAAUAAUGUUGGUAAAGCAAAAAGGUUAAGAUGGUAUAUGACACAACAAUGGCAUAAUGAAGGUUGCAAACCAUUGCUUUCAGCUAUUACUGACUUCCCUUUUGAAAUCUGAGUGUGCCUUAAUGGAAAAAUAAGUCCCAAAUAAUCACAGAAAAUUAAUCACAGUUAAAACUGGAGAAUGCUUUUAAGAGGUGAACCCUGGUGCCAUUUAAAAAAAAAAAAGGUACCCGGCUGGAAGUAAGGAAGCAUGAGUUUCAGCCCCAAUUCAAAUUUCCCAGGUAACCUUUGGAAAAUCCCUUUCUCUGAGUCUUAGUUUGUUCUUCCUUGAGACGGUUGUACCAGAUCAUCACCAAGGUCCCUUUCCCAGGAUUCUGUGAUUCUGAAUCCUUAAAGGAAGUCAUAUUUUUUCCACAAAGUACUCAUGCAGAACUGAAAUAUAAACUGUUGAACUAGAACGUGUGUUUCUUUAGAGCCACUACUACCAAAGACCAACACGUAUUAGUGGGGAGUAACAACUAGUCUGUCCUGUGGACGGGUGACCAGAAAUCAGAACAGAUGCUGACGGCCCUUUGUUGGCUAGCCGUGGAUGAAUGAGGAGUCAGCGCUGACAGCAGUGUUGAGCCAAAAAGAAGAGCAGAGCAAUUUCUGAACUUCAUUGCCAUCUCUCUGAAACUGGAGUGGGAAGGGCCAAAGCCCUUGGCAGCUUUAAGACAAGAUGAGGACCGUGCUCAUGGUUGCAGAAAAGCCAUCCUUGGCCCAGUCUAUUGCUAAAAUCCUCUCUCGAGGAAACAUGUCCUCACGCAAAGGGCUGAACGGAACAUGCUCAGUGCACGAGUACACAGGGACUUUCGCUGGCCAGCCCGUCCGCUUCAAGAUGACAUCUGUCUGUGGUCAUGUGAUGACCUUGGAUUUCCUGGGAAAGUACAACAAGUGGGACAAGGUGGACCCUGCAGAGCUGUUCAGCCAAGCCCCAACAGAGAAGAAGGAAGCUAACCCCAAGCUGAACAUGGUGAAGUUCCUGCAGGUGGAAGGCAAAGGCUGCGACUACAUCGUGCUGUGGCUGGACUGUGACAAGGAAGGGGAGAACAUCUGCUUUGAGGUACUGGAUGCCGUGCUGCCCAUCAUGAAUCCAACCCACGGUGGUGAAAAGACGGUGUUCCGGGCCAGAUUCAGCUCCAUCACGGACACGGACAUCUGCGCCGCCAUGGCCCGCCUGGGCGAGCCCGACCAUAACGAGGCGCUGUCAGUGGAUGCCCGGCAGGAGCUGGACCUGCGCAUCGGCUGCGCGUUCACCAGGUUUCAGACUAAAUACUUCCAGGGAAAAUAUGGCAAUCUAGACAGCUCCCUUAUCUCCUUUGGACCAUGUCAAACCCCUACCCUGGGCUUCUGUGUGGAGAGACACGAUAAAAUCCAGUCCUUCAAACCAGAGACCUACUGGGUGCUACAGGCCAAGGUUAAUGCCGAUAAAGACAGAUCUCUUCUUUUGGACUGGGACCGAGUGCGAGUGUUUGACCGGGAAAUCGCACAGAUGUUUUUAAACAUGACAAAGCUGGAGAAGGAAGCCCAGGUGGAAGCCACAAGCCGGAAAGAGAAGGCCAAGCAGAGGCCCCUUGCCCUGAACACUGUGGAGAUGCUGCGAGUAGCUAGCUCUUCUCUGGGCAUGGGGCCACAACAUGCCAUGCAGACUGCCGAGCGGCUCUACACGCAAGGCUACAUCAGCUACCCGCGGACUGAGACCACCCACUACCCUGAGAACUUUGACCUGAAGGGCCCUCUGCGGCAGCAGGCCAACCACCCCUACUGGGCCGACACGGUAAAGCGGUUGUUAACAGAAGGUAUCAACCGCCCACGGAAAGGCCAUGAUGCUGGUGACCAUCCCCCCAUUACCCCCAUGAGGUCUGCCACAGAGGCUGAAUUAGGCAGUGAGGCGUGGCGGCUCUAUGAGUACAUCACCAGACAUUUCAUUGCCACAGUUAGCUACGACUGCAAGUACCUCCAGAGCACCAUUUCCUUCCGUAUUGGUCCUGAGCACUUCACCUGCACAGGGAAGACCGUCAUCUCUCCAGGCUUCACGGAGAUCAUGCCCUGGCAGAGUGUGCCUCUGGAGGAGAGCCUGCCCACCUGCCAGAGGGGCGACACUUUUGCUGUGAGUGAAAUAAAGAUGCUGGAGAAGCAGACGAACCCACCCGACUACCUGACAGAGGCCGAGCUCAUCACACUCAUGGAGAAGCACGGCAUUGGGACAGACGCCAGCAUCCCCGUGCACAUCAACAACAUCUGCCAGCGCAACUACGUCACUGUGGAGAGCGGGCGCCGACUCAAACCCACCAACCUUGGCAUCGUCCUGGUGCAUGGCUACUACAAGAUUGAUGCAGAGCUGGUGCUCCCCACCAUCCGCAGUGCAGUCGAGAAGCAGCUGAACCUGAUCGCCCAGGGCAAAGCUGACUACCGCCAAGUCCUGGGCCACACCCUGGAUGUCUUCAAGAGGAAGUUCCACUACUUCGUGGACUCCAUCGCUGGCAUGGACGAACUGAUGGAGGUGUCUUUUUCACCCCUGGCAGCCACGGGCAAGCCCCUCUCCCGCUGUGGGAAGUGCCACCGGUUCAUGAAGUACAUUCAGGCCAAGCCCAGCCGCCUGCACUGCUCCCACUGUGACGAGACCUACACCCUCCCCCAGAAUGGCACCAUCAAGCUCUACAAGGAGCUCCGGUGCCCACUGGAUGACUUCGAGCUGGUCCUGUGGUCCUCAGGCUCUAGGGGCAAGAGCUACCCACUGUGCCCCUAUUGCGCCAAUCACCCGCCCUUCCGAGACAUGAAGAAAGGCAUGGGCUGCAACGAGUGCACACACCCCACCUGCCAGCACUCGCUUAGCAUGCUGGGCAUCGGCCAAUGCGUGGAAUGCGAGAGCGGCGUGCUGGUGCUGGACCCCACCUCAGGCCCCAAGUGGAAGGUGGCCUGCAACAAGUGCAAUGUGGUGGCGCACUGCUUCGAGAACGCCUACCGCGUGCGGGUGUCCGCCGACACCUGCAGCACCUGUGAGGCUGCCCUGCUGGCUGUGGACUUCAACAAGGCCAAGUCCCCGCUCCCAGGCGACGAGACACAGCACACGGGCUGCGUCUUCUGCGACCCCAUCUUCCAAGAGCUAGUGGAGCUGAAGCACGCAGCCUCCUGCCACCCCAUGCACCGUGGCGGGCCAGGAAGGAGGCAGGGCCGGGGGCGGGCCCGGGGCCGUCGGCCCACAGUGAAGCCCAGUGCCAGGCGGCCAAAGGACAAGAUGUCAGCCCUGGCUGCCUACUUUGUAUGACAGCCCCGCCAUCCCUUGCCAGGCUCACACAGUUGCCCUUGGGGCCACAGAAAUCAUUAAAACGUAUUUUGCCUUC